AUGUCAACUGACCAAAUCGUGGAGUUGGAGAAGCGCGCCAGCGCUGCGGAGCAUGCCAUCGCCACGAUGAAGCAGCAGUUGAAGGCACAGUCGGCUACUGGAAAUGGCGACGCCGCGUUGGAGUCGAGGCUGCGCCAGCUGCUGGUAGUGAUGCGGGAGGACCAGCAGGAGUGCGAGGCGAUUCGCGCCCAGCGGGACGACCUCAAGGAGGAGAAUGAGCGGCUGCGGGCGCAGGUGGCGCGACACGAGUACCGCAUCAAGCAUCUCCUGCGCACAAUUAACGAGCUCGAUUCCGAGCAAAAGCAGCAGUAG